AUGGAUAAAAAUGAUGAUGACAUCAAAAUAAUUCCUGUUAAAGACUUUAAAGAUAAAGAAAAAUGUCAUAGUAUUAGAUUUGAAGUAUUUGUUAAAGAGCAAAAUUGUUCACCUGAAGGAGAAAUUGAUGAAUAUGAUACAGAUCCAAAUUUAAAAAGAAAAUGUAAAAUAGGUAGACUUUCAGUAAUUAAACAAUAUAGAUCUCAAGGAAUUGGAACAAGAUUAUUGGAAGAAAUCGAGAAGUUUGGAUAUAAUGAAUUGAAAAUUUCAAAUUUUAUUUUACAUGCUCAAUUUGAUAAAAAAGAUUGGUAUGAACAAAGGGGUUAUAAAAUAUCAUUAUCAUCCAAAUAUAGCAACUGUAAUGAUAAUAAUUAUGAAAUAUUUUAUGAAGAGAAUAUUCCACACGUUAGAAUGGAAAAGCAAUUUACAAAUUUACAAUAUGAAAAAUCAAUACAAACACAUACAUCAAUGAAAGAAAAUGAAGGUUAUAUUAAACUAUACGAAGAUAGUAUAGAAUUAACAAAGGAUCAAAUCCAUUUUGUGGAUAUUCCAGGACAUGAGAAAUUACGUUUUAAAUUCACAGAUUUUAUACCAAUCACACAUGGAAUAGUUUUUUGUAUUGAUAGUUCAACUUUUACAAGAAACAUAAGAUCUAAUGCAGAGUAUUUGUAUGACAUAUUUUCAAAUAAAGAUGUAAAUAAAUUUAAGAUUAGAACAUUAAUAAUAUGCAAUAAGAGUGAUUUAAUAACAGCCUUGCCACCAGAACGUGUUAAAACAUUAUUGGAAAAUGAAAUUACACGCACAGCAGCUUUAGAUCAUCAAGGUUCACCAUCGAUGGAAGACGUUGACGAAAUGGAAUUCUUAGGUUAUGAGACGGAAGAUUUUAAAUUUGAACAUUUAGAAAAUGAUGUUGAAUUUAAAAAAUGUUCAGUGGAAAAUAAUGAAAUUUCCGAAAUUAAAUAUUGGAUUUCUGAUGUUUAUAAUGGAAAUUAA